AUGCCAAAAGGAAGCUUACCUGAAGAAGCUCUGAAAGAAGUACAAUAUCGGACACCCCGUGCUGCUGGUAUGGGAAAAAAGAGCGCCCAGCCUUAUGUACGCCACGAUAUGUACAUUCUAUUUAUAACAUUUUGUACUACACCCUGCGCUGCUGGCAUGGGGAAGAAGAGUGUCUGGCCUUUACAUCGCUGCAGCGUACACAUUUUGUUCUUUUAUGGGAGAUGUACCACGCGACUGAUGGUCGAGUUGAGGUCAAUUUUGGCCGAGAAUGAUAGAACCCCCGAAAAUCCACCUUCAUAUGAUGAACAAUCACGCAAAAUUGAGAAUGAGGAGGAACCUAACUCAACUGUUGAAGAAUUAACAUUUGAGCCACAUAUUGGCACAUUACUUUUUCCAUAUAGAAAAGUUCUUGAAGAAAUGCGGAGUCAUCACGUAGAACAAGAAUCACAACGAGCCCAACACUUAUCUCAUAUGCUUAAGUGGUCUGUUGUGGACCAUUCUCUGUUCAAUGACUUCGAAUUUGUUAUCAGACCGGCCAUUAACAUGCCUUUAUUGGAAUCUGUUCUUAUGGAAACCAAAAUAAACGGAUUCAUCAUGCGUUUAUAA